AUGUCAGCAAAUAUUGUUCGAGUGGCAGUCACCCAAGCCGAGCCCGCAUGGCUUGACCUUGCUGCUGGCGUGGCCAAGACUUGCGAAUUAAUUUCGGAGGCUGCGAAAAACAAUGCCCAGCUGAUCGCAUUCCCUGAAUGUUGGAUACCAGGCUAUCCUUGCUGGAUUUGGGCGCGAAUGCUUGAUGUAGGGUUGAAUAUCGCCUAUGCCAAGAACUCUCUCCGUCUAGGCUCCCCAGAGAUGAAUCAAAUCCGAAAUUGUGCUAGAGAUAAUGAGGUUGCUGUAUCUUUAUCUUUCUCGGAGAAGGAGAACCACACUCUCUACAUUGCCCAGGUCAUGAUUGGUACUGAUGGGGAGAUCAAGUUCCACCGUCGCAAGAUGAAGCCUACACACAUGGAGCGUACUAUAUUCGGCGAUGCCUCGGGUGAAUGUCUUUCAAGUGUGGCAGACCUUUCUUUUGCACGAGUUGGUUCACUAGCCUGCGCGGAGCAUAUCCAACCACUAUUGAAAUAUCACACAUUGUCCCAACAAGAAGAUAUUCAUGUUGCGGCGUGGCCAACCCCAUACCCGCAUGACGGGGGUGAUAGCUCGUGGUUCAUGACAGAAGAAGGUAUGAUGGGUUCGAGUCCAUUUUCAGAAGAAUUUGUUACUGAUUUUCGUUUCGCUGCAGGUUCUCAAACUGUGUCACGGACAUAUGCAAUUGAGUCACAAACCUUUGUCCUUCAUUGCAGUCAAAUCCUCGGAGCGAGUGGUAUAGAGAAGAUGAAAGUAUCCUCUGCACCCCCGAUGACAAAGCCUGGUGGAGGUUGCUCUGCUAUAUUUGGUCCUGAUGGACGACGACUUACUGAGCCCGUGGAAAGCACCACGGAAGAUAUCAUUUAUGGGGAGUUACCCUUGGAUUUGAUCACGGCGACCAAGUUCUUUUUCGAUCCUGUUGGCCAUUAUAGUCGUCCGGAUCUUAUGUCUCUCCAAGUCUGCACCAAAGUGAAGAAGAUGGUUCGUGAGGAGGAGAGAGAGCCAAUUCAUACCGUCAGCGAGGCGCAAAAUGACCCUUAG